GAGGAGAGUCUAGGCGACGGGACGGGAGGCUUCCUCCUCCUCCUCCUACUCGAGACUCGACGCCGCCACCUCCACCUCCCGUCUCGUCUCCAGAAGCUUCUGGAACACCCUUCCGGCUUCAAUUCCCCCCUGCUCGGGUCGGGUAGCUCCCUUCCAUCAUCCAUGGCCGACGCCACCGCCGCCCUCUCAGCUCGGAGCAAGGUGCAAGCUUUCCUCGAAGCGGCUCGUGCCGGUGAUCUCGACUCCCUCAAGAAGCUCGCUGCGGCGCUCGACGAGGAGGGCAAGGGCGUCGCCGCCGUCGCUGCUGCCGUCAAGGACGCCAACAAGCGCACCGCCCUGCACUUCGCCGCCCGCGAGGGCCGCACCCACGUCUGUCACUUCCUCAUCUCCGACCUCGCCCUCCCCGUCGACCCCAAGGACGACGAUGGUGAAACUCCACUCAUCCAUGCUACGCGCCAAGCCCAUCUCCAAACUGUAACCUAUCUGCUUCACCAUGGAGCAGAUCCUUCCGUUGCUUCUUCCCUCGGAGCCACGCCAUUGCACCAUGCUGCCGGCAUAGGGAACCUGGACCUUAUGAAACUAUUUCUCUCCAAGGGGGUUGAUGUUGAAUCAGAAAGCGAUGCCGGCACACCCCUCAUAUGGGCUGCUGGUCAUGGACAGCAAGAGGCAGUCAAACUUUUGCUUCAACACGAUGCUAAGCCAAAUACUGAAAACGAUGAUGGUAUUACGCCUUUGUUGUCUGCUGUUGCAGCGGGUUCCCUCCCAUGCUUGGAUAUUCUAAUUCAGGCAGGUGCACAUCCGAAUAUCAGAGCUGGUGGAGCAACCCCAUUACAUAUUGCUGCAGAUGGUGGAAACAUGGAAAUAAUAAAUUGUUUACUUAAAGCUGGAAGUGACCCCAAUGCAUGUGAUGAUGAUGGACUAAAGCCAAUACAGGUUGCUGCUUUGAGGAAUAACCGUGAAGUUGUGGAACUUCUUUUACCUUUGACAUCACCAAUUCCAGGUGUUUCGAGUUGGAGUAUUGAUGGAAUUAUAGAAUACACUAAAUCAGUCGAGGAAAAGGCACAGGUAAAGGAAGCUACAACUCAGAAAGCAGACAGAUUACAAGUACCACAACUUGUUGAGGUGUCAUCUGAGGCAAAAGAGAGAUCAUUGGAGGCAAAAUCGAGAGGUGAUGAUGCCUUCAGAAAUAAAGACUACCUAGUAGCAGUAGAUGCCUACACACAGGCUAUUGAGUUAAAUCCAAACGACGCCACGUUGCAUUCAAACAGAAGCCUUUGCUGGCUACGGGCAGGGCAAGCUGAACGUGCUCUGGAGGAUGCAAGAGCAUGUCGAGCGCUGAGGCCAGACUGGGCGAAAGCUUGCUACAGGGAAGGCGCGGCACUGCGCCUGCUGCAGAGGUUCGAAGAAGCCGCGAAUGCCUUCUAUGAGGGGGUGCAGCUUGAGCCAGAGAACGGCGAGCUUGUGAGCGCGUUCAGGGAGGCGGUUGAAGCCGGGAGGAAAUUCCAUGGGACGGACAAGAAGCAAAAGGCAGAUGCAUCAACGUGAUGUGUUUUUGGAAUGGCUUAGACCUAUACAAGGAGGAAUCACUGAAUCUGUACCACUAGAUUAGUAUUAGUUUGGCUUGGCCAAGAAACGGAGCAGCUGAAAUCUGAACACCUCUUUUGAUGUUGCUACAAAUUUAUUAUAUUAGUAUCAAUUACUAUCAGAUUGAAUUCUGUUUGUGUCGUGGCUGGUUCUAGAUUCGAGUGGCUAAACUGUACCCAUGUUCUUCAGCAUUUCUUUAAUCUACGGUAUUGAGAAA